AUGUCCCGGCUUCUGCUGCCCCUGCUGAGGAGCCGGACUGCGCACAGCCUGCGGCCCCUGCCCGGCUGCCGCCCGCGCGGCGCGGCUGGGGCCCCGGCGCUGCUGCUCCUCCGGCCGCCUCCCGCCUCGGCCGCCCUAGCCGCCGCCUCGGCCGCCGCGCCGCGCCCUUCCCGGGGGCUGGGCACCCAUCCCAAGCGCGAGCCCAUCGAGGCGCUGAACACGGCGCAGGGAGCCCGCGACUUCAUCUACAGCCUGCACUCCACCGAGAGGAGCUGCCUGCUCAAGGAGCUGCACCGCUUCGAGUCCAUAGCUAUAGCCCAAGGUAUUCCAAGAAGUUCCGGUCAACUGACAAGGACCUCUCCUCACAGUGUCAGAACUGUGGUGAUGAUGAGAGUAAUGCAACUAACAGAUAGUGCUGAAAAAUUGGACACUCCACCACCUUCCCAGGAACAGCUGAGAUAUGUAUUCAUCCACAAUGCAUUACCUUUCGUAGGGUUUGGCUUUUUGGAUAAUGCAAUUAUGAUUGUUGCAGGAACCCAAAUAGAGUUGUCUAUUGGAAUUAUUUUGGGGAUUUCAACUAUGGCAGCUGCUGCUUUGGGAAAUCUUGUUUCAGAUUUAGCCGGACUUGGUCUUGCAGGCUACGUUGAAGCUUUAGCUUCCAGGUUAGGCCUGUCAAUUCCUGAUCUCACACCCAAGCAAGUUGAUAUGUGGCAAACACGUGUUAGUGCACACUCGGGCAAAGCUGUUGGAGUGGCUAUUGGUUGCAUUUUAGGAAUGUUUCCUUUGUUGUUCUUUAGAGGAGAAGAAGAAGAAAAAAAACUGGAAGAAAAAAAUUAGCUGUUUUAGAAUCUCCAUAGAAAGAUGUAAAAUAAUGUACCUCACUUAUUAAGUAUGCUGUCACAAUAUUUAGGAACUAAGACAGUAACUAUGUAUAGAUAUGGGAACAAGCAAUUAAGCAUGUUUUAUUAAAACACUAACUUAUUGUGGCUUGGUGUUCUUAGUACAUCUUUUUAUAAAAAAUAGCUUCUUAAAUUCAUAAAAAUUGUUGAAAUGCCUUUUCACUAGUAGCAAGCAACAUUUUCAUUUUUCCAUUUUCAUUCUUCAUAUGUUAUAUAGCAAGACUAUUUUAUUUUAAGUCAUUGAUGUGCUGUACAGAUUUGGAUUUGCUUAUUUGUUAGUAACUACAUAGACUUGCAUGAAAACAUCCUCUCUUAUUCAUAGCUGUUCCAAAUCAGUUUUGGACUUUUUCCAUAUACAAAAACUAUUGGUUAUUUUGUUAAAGGUUUUUAAUUCCAUCAUUGUUCUUGCCCCUAGUAUCAGUUUUGGCCUGAUUUGAGAUAAUGAAUUUCCAUUCAUGCACAAUGCUUCUCUCUCCUCAUUGACUCAUUCAAUCAGUGUGGAAUUGAGCUCUUUGUUUUAAGUGUUGCUGGUUAUAUAUAUAUUUUUUCAUUUUCUUUGCUCUGAUCUUUUUGAGUCUUAAGAGCCAGAAGUUAAUGAGCAUAUUUUCUCAUUUACAUUAAAUACAUUAUAAAAUGUACUUUCUACUUCAUUUUUUUCUAUUUUUUGCCUUAAAAUUCCCAAUUUUGAGUAAUUAUGUUGUUUUUUUCCUUAUAUAAAAGAAAAACUAAUAAUUUUUUUGUAUGUUUUAUGGGGGAAAUUAUCACAGAAUUAAACAAGGUAUUGUAUUUUUAUAGUUAAGGACGAGAGAGGGAGAGAAAAAUGCCAAUUGUAUGUGAGUUGAAAAUUAAGGAUACAUGAAUUCUGUAGAUAAGAAGAAAUUAGGAGAAGAAAUUAGAACCUAAGAAGGUUUGUGGUACAGACAGUGAAGUUUAGCAGAACUGGAAAGGUUCUUGCACUCUGUUGAGUGAGAGGGUUUUUCAAAAAUUUCAUCUUCAUCAGGAAGAUUUCCAUUUCUGAAAUAUCUAAAUUAUGCUCAUACUUGAGAUCUCAACAUGUGUAUCUUUUUUACUGAUGAUGGACUUAACUUUCUGGAAAAAAAAUAUUUUGUGGGCAAAACUAGCCUCUGUGUGUGUGUAUGUGUGUGUGUGUGUGUGUGUGUGUGUGUGUGUGUGUGUGUGUGUGUGUUUUACUGUGCAGUCAACACUCAUGAGGAAACUUUUUUUUUUGGCCUUGUUUUUCUGUUAUUCAAAAUAUGUUCUGAAUAGAAGUUGCUCAUUUCUUUUCUUUUAUAUCUCAUUGAAAUUUAAUCAUGAAUGAGAUUUAAUUUUCUCAAUCUUUAUAACUUUUCAAGAUGGGGACUAUUAAUUACAUAAUUAUAAUGGGUAUUAGUUAAGCCAAUUUCUUACCUAUUAUAUGGUGUUUUCAAAUGUUCCGUGGAGAAUUAUCAGAUAGGAAUUUUAUUUUGGCCAUUCAAGGUUGUCAUGUUGCUGCUUUGGCUUUUAAAACUUGUUGAAUGACUGUAAUAUUUACAGUCAUAAUAUGUUAAAGUUAUAUUUGCAUUUAUUUACUUUUAGUAGACCAUUUUUAAAAUGAAGAGCUAAACUAUCACAUGAAAGAAUUAGGUAUAAAUUCUCUCAACUAUUUCCACAUAUCAGUGCCAUUCAUUAAUUAUAGGUGAAAAGAAGAAAAGAAGCAGAAACAAUCACCUAAAAAUUAUAGAAAGCAAAAAUAGGGAAAUAUAAAGAAAGUAUAAUUGUUGUGAUGCAGAAAUAAUCUGUUACUCUCAUUUACCUUGUACAGAAGUAUAGGACUUGAGGCCUUUCCAAAAAUUGUGGUUUAUAUUAGUUCCCCAUUUAGGAACUACCAGGCCAAUGCAAAAUUAUGCCGGACUGUUUAAUGUGAGUAGUGUGGUAUGUUAUUUUAAUGAAGACUUAUUUAAAUAAAUGUUUUAAAUACUUUUGACGCUCUUGUGUAUAACCAAUCCCAUCUAUUUUCAUACAAAUAUUUCAGUGUGGUGCUUGCAUUUUUUUAAACUUAUUAUCUCAAAAUGCCCACUAUUGUCUGGAAAAGGCUUUGUGGUAUUUUCCCCUCCAAAUUAAUACAGUCUUAAAAAAUCUGACCUUGACAGUAAAUUGUUUUCGUUAUAAGAGCUUGAACGCAACAUUCUUGAUGUAAUUUAUCAUCCCAGAAUGUGAAGUAAACAAAUUCCUAAUUUGAGACUUUUAACAAUUUGGAUCAUUUAAAUAAUAAACUCUUGUUAAAGUUAAUGAAAUGCCUGUGCCCUUACCAAAGGUUUUUGUUGCUCAAAAUCAUAAUCAUAAGUAUGGUGCUUUUUACAAAGUGGUUUCUUGGUUUGGCUUUCCAAGAUGAUGUCUUCAUAUAAGCUUUUUAAAUUCUUGGAGUCUUCUGUCAUACUAUUUUCUUACCAUUAACAAUAAAGCCUUCAUUUCUCAUGCUAAUUAUUUAUUAAUGUUUGAACAUUGAAACAAUAAUGGAGCCAAGAAUAGUAUUAACUGUUCUAGCAGUAUUCAUUUAAGUCAUAACAUGUCCAUGUAUUAGUUUUUGUUUAACUCGUGGAUGCAUGUAUGUUGGAUGUAUUUUGUUGCUACUGUAUGCUUAAUUACAACCAAUGUUUUUUAACUAAGAUAAAUUGAACUAAAAAUAUUUUAAGAAGUUGAAAAUGUAGUUUUAAUUUUGACAUUUUAAAUGGAUACUAUUAAUUAUCUUCAGGUAGUGAAAAUCUUUAAACUUAUAAAUGUUUAUUUCAAAAAGGUAACCAUUUCUGUGGAAUCUGUAUUUUGUGUUAUGGCAUACAUAAGGGAGAAAUAAUUCUACCCUGGCUAUCUUGGUCUUUAAUAGGAAAAAAUCAAGGAUACAAAAGUACUUGAAAAUGAUCAGAAUGCCAACUGACUUUGGAAAAUUUGCUUAAAUGAAGAACACUAACGAUUUUUUGCUGCAAAUCUUUCUAAAAUGAACUGUUUCCCUUCCUAAGAGUAUAGUGAAUGGAAUUUGACUUUUUUUUAAUGCUUCAGGUUUUCCUUUCAGAGCACUUACCAUCAUUAUAUUGUGUUUUAAGAAAGUGAUGCUCUUAAGGUUUACUGACAUUUGUAGGGCUAUUUGACCCUACAAUAAAUGUGUCUAGAUGGCUAUGAUUUUUGAGUUCUUGUCUGCUUUUUAUGAUUUCUCCUGUUUCUUCUCUAACAAUUAAACUGUACAUUAUCAUGUAGAUUUUUUUUUAAA